AUGUUAGAGAACUACGGACACCUGCUCUUCUUGGGUCUUGUGUUAAAGCCAGACCUAGUUUUCCUUUUGGAACGAAAGCAGGAGCUAUGGGAUGUGAAGAGAAAGGAGACCUUGGGAACCCAUACUGGAGAAAAACAUUACCAAUGUCAAGAAUGUGGUAAGGCCUUUAACCGGACAUCAGUCCUUAAUCAACCUCACCAAAUACAUACUGGAGAGAAAGCUUACCAGUGUAAGGAAUGUGAAAAGUCCUUUACUUUCCCUUCCAACCUUAAGAUACAUCACAGAAUCCAUACUGGAGAGAAACCAUACCAAUGUCAAGAAUGUGGCAGGGCAUUUACCUAUUUCUCAGUCCUUAUCAAACAUCACAGAAUCCAUACUGGAGAGAAACCUUACCAAUGCCAAGAAUGUGGCAAGGCCUUUAACCAACUGUCGCACCUUACUGAACAUCACAGAAUCCAUACUGGAGAGAAACCUUACCACUGUCAAGAAUGUGGCAAGGCCUUUACCCAUUCCUCAGCUGUUACCAAACAUCACAGAAUCCAUACUGGAGAGAAACCUUACCAAUGCCAAGAAUGUGGCAAGGCCUUUUCCCAGCACUCACACCUUAUUAAACAUCACAGAAUCCACACUGGAGAGAAACCAUACCAAUGUCAAGAAUGUGGCAAGGGUUUUUCCCAGCAUUCAUCCCUUAUUGAACAUCACAGAAUCCAUACUGGAGAGAAACCUUACCAAUGUCAAGAAUGUGGCAAGGCCUUUACCAAAUCCUCAUACCUUACUCAACAUCACAGAAUCCAUACUGGAGAGAAACCUUACCAAUGUCAACAAUGUAGCAAAGCCUUUACCCAUUCCUCAGGGCUUACCAAACAUCACAGAAUCCAUACUGGAAAGAAACCUUACCAAUGUCAAGAAUGUGAUAAGGCCUUUACCCAAUCCUCACACCUUACCAUACAUCGCAGAAUCCAUAAUGGAUAG